AUGUUGUCUCGUUCAUCUCAGGAUCCCUUUACUGGGGAACUGGAUUCUCUUGCCAUGGUGCACGAGGUCAUGAAGUUUGUUCCUUAUAAUCGUCGUACGUUGUGUACAAUGCGGUGUGUUUCCAAACCGUAUCGUCGUGCCGUGCAGCAUCCUAAGGGGCCGUGGUCUUGUCAUGAGGAUAUGAUGAUAUCAAGAUACGGUCAGUGUAUUAUAUUUAAUGCUAUGGAUGAUGAGGACGGUCGCUCAAGCUUCCGUCUUUGCUCUGUAUCGCCGGUGGGCCGGAAAUUCGAGACGUUCAGCGCGAAUAUGCUUAGUCGGUACCACCAACGUGUAGCAGACGGGUUAACUCGCCUUGUUCUUCAUCAUUCCCCUGUGGAAGUGGAGUUCUUCGAAGCCCUAGCUGCGUUGACGAACCUGCGUGCACUUGAACUAGUGGCAUGUCGUAACAUUAAGUCGAUUAGCGGAGCCAGCCAUGCGGCUAACCUCGAGUCACUUGAGGUGCACCUAUGCCCUCUGGAAGCAGACGGCGUUGUAGGUCUUUGCUUGCCCAGGUUGAGACGGUUGAAGUUGCGUUCUUGUUAUAAGCUAACCUUUGUUAAUGGGAUUCCUCCAGAAACGGCUGCAUCCCUGGAAGAGUUGUACCUGGAGAACUGCAAUGUUUAUGAUGGCAGCGUUAACGAGCUGUUUGGCAACCUCACGUCGAAACUUCGUGUGCUUCACUUGCCGAGCACUCAUGUUGAUGCCGCUCUCACCGCUAUUCCUGAGGAGGUACGUAGUGCGGGGCUUAUGUCUCUGCAUCUCCGUGAGACUCCCUUGAGAUUUGAAACGCUAUGUGAGCUGGCACCCUCGCUACAGGAUAAACUGGAGUUCCUCUCGCUGGAGGGGUGCACAGGGUUGGAGAGUUUUGAACCUCUGGGAAGGUUGCAGCAGCUUCGAUUCCUGGAUGUUUCCGGAUCAUUCCAUGGUGAAGGCCUGCACUUUCUCACAUGCUGUACAAAGCUAGAACUGUUCCGGAUGGGUGAUUCACAGAUAGAGAAUAUCAUGUUUCUUUCGUCCUUGCAGUUUCUUCGUGUGUUGGACGCACCAAAGUCUGUUCUUAGCGAUCCUUCGCUGAUGUUUCUUGAAGCUCUCCCCAUGUUGGACACGGUUGUCCUUACAGGUUGCAUCCUUAUCACUAAUGUCAAUGUACUGUCCACGUGCCCGAGAAUUCGUCGGAUAUUUUGUGCCCGAACAAGCGUCACAAAUGAAGGUGUUACGCUCUUAUCGGACUGUCCUGAGCUAGAGGAGCUUGAUCUUCGAAUGACUGCGGUCACCGAUGUUAAUUUCCUCGCAGAUUGUUCUUCUUUAAAGAGCAUAAACGUGGGAAGCGCAGUGACAAGUAUUGAUGGCCUUCAGUUAUUGUUAAAUAAAAAGGGAUUAGAGGUAAUUCACGACUCUUUUGAUAUGGAAACGGAUCUCACGGACAUGUAG